GAAGAAGAAGAAAGAGGUCAUUUUUUGUACAUAUUGUACUUAAAAUACCAAAAUUUCAAAGAAAUUACAUUGUGAUAUGUCAACAUUUUUCAUAAAAGCCCAUUAUCUCAGAAAGUUUUGAAAAAAAUUCACAAUGAAGACUAGAUUUAAUACAUACGAUAUCAUAUGUAUUACAGUAGAAUUACAAAAACUUAUUGGAAUGCGAGUGAAUAACAUCUAUGAUAUUGAUAAUAAAACUUAUUUAAUUAGAUUACAAAGGAGUGAAGAAAAGCAAAUUUUACUGCUAGAAUCGGGUAAUAGAUGUCACAUUACCAAUUUUGAAUGGCCAAAGAAUAUUGCUCCCUGUGGCUUUAGUAUGAAGAUGAGAAAACAUUUGAAAAACAAACGCCUGGAAUCCUUGAGUCAAUUAGGAACUGAUAGAAUAAUAGACUUGCAGUUUGGAAGUGGAGAAGCAGCAUAUCAUGUUAUUUUGGAACUUUAUGAUAGAGGAAAUAUAAUUCUUACUGAUUAUGAAUAUAUAAUUUUAUAUGUACUUAGACCUCACACAGAAGGUGAUAAAAUCAAAUUUGCAGUAAAAGAAAAAUAUCCUCAAGGUAGAGCUAGGGAGGGAGGUAUAGUAAGCAAAGAAAAAUUACUGGAUUUAUUAACAAAUGCAAAACCUGUUGAUCAGUUGAAAAAAGUUUUAGUUUCAAAUUUAGAAUAUGGUCCAGCUGUAUUAGAACAUGUGUUACUAAAGCACAAUUUUCCAAAUGCUACUAAGAUUGGUAAAAGUUUUAAUCCUACAGAAAGUAUUGAUGAAGUUAUGGAUGCAAUUAGAGAUGCAGAAAAUAUAUUUCAAACUGCCAGAGGAGGUCAAACUAAGGGAUAUAUUGUUCAAAAGAAAGAAGCAUGUCCAGUAUCAGAAACUAACCCAACAGGCGAGUUCUAUUCAAAUCAAGAAUUUCAUCCAAUGCUCUUUGAGCAGCACUCAUCAAUGCCUCACAAGGAGUUUCCAAGUUUUAAUGAAGCAGUUGAUGAAUUUUUCUCUUCUUUGGAAAGCCAAAAGAUAGAAUUAAGAGCUUUUCAGCAAGAGAGAGAUGCAAUGAAAAAGUUAGAGAAUGUUCGAAAAGAUCAUGAUCAGAGAUUAUCUGCUUUAGAAAAGACACAGACAGUUGAUAAACAAAAGGCAGAAUUAAUAACUAGGAAUCAGGAAUUAGUGGAAAGGGCAAUUUUAGCUAUACAAACUUUAUUAGCAAAUCAAAUGUCUUGGGAAGAUAUAUCAGAUAUGGUUCAAGAAGCAGCAUCAAAACAAGAUCCUGUGGCAAAACAUAUAAAGCAGCUGAAAUUGGAAAUAAACCACAUCAGCUUACAAUUAUUUGAUCCAUAUGCUGAUCAUUGUAGUAGUAAUGGAUCUGAUGAUAAUGAUGAUAAGCUACCUCCUAUGGUUGUAGAUAUAGAUUUGGCAUUAUCAGCGUUCGCCAAUGCAAGAAAGUAUUAUGAUCAGAGAAGGUCUGCUGCAAAAAAACAAAAGAAGACAAUAGAAUCCCAAAUUAAAGCAUUGAAAUCUGCCGAAAAGAAGACUAAACAGACAUUAAAAGAAGUCCAGACAAUAACUAAUAUCAACAAAGCCAGGAAGACAUACUGGUUUGAGAAAUUCUUCUGGUUUAUAAGCUCUGAAAAUUACCUCAUAAUUGGUGGAAGAGAUCAACAACAAAAUGAACUUAUUGUUAAAAGAUACAUGAGACCAACUGAUGCUUAUGUACACGCUGAUAUUCAUGGUGCAAGUAGCAUUAUCAUAAAAAACCCAACUGGUAAUCCAAUCCCUCCAAAAACAUUGAAUGAAGCUGGAACAAUGGCCAUAUGUUACAGUGUUGCAUGGGAAGCAAAAGUUGUAACAAGCGCCUUUUGGGUUUGGGGAAACCAAGUCAGCAAAACUGCACCAACUGGUGAAUAUUUAACAACCGGUAGCUUUAUGAUCAGAGGCAAAAAGAAUUAUUUGCCCCCCUCUCAUCUAGUUCUAGGAUUAAGCUUCUUAUUUAAAUUAGAAGAUGGUAGUGUUGAUAGACAUAGGGGAGAGCGGAGAGUUUUGACUGCCAAUGAAGAAGACGUAAUGAGAAUAGCUGAUAGUGUGAUGAGCAAAGAUGAGGUAGAAGUGGAGAUACUUGAUGAAAGUGAUGAAGACGAAGAAGCUAAAACAUCGAUUAAUGUUAAUACAGGUGAAACAGUAGAAACUUUGGUGCCAGAAGAAUCAAACAAAGAAGAUUCUAACAUUGAAGUUACUUUCCCUGAAACUCAAAUUAAUGUUCAACACUCUAAUGAUGAUAAAACCUUAGUAACCCAGUCAGCAUAUGAUUUUGAGAAAGAGCCUGAAGGGGAGAAUGUUAUAUAUCUAGGUGAUGAUAAACCCAUUUUCAUUAAUCAAGGUUUGAAAACCAGAAGUAGAGGCGACAGUGAAUCCCAAAACAAACCUAAAAAUGAAAGAGUCGACUCUAAGAAAGAGAAUAAUAAAACUUUUAAAAGAGGUCAAAAAGGAAAAUUGAAGAAAAUUAAGGAAAAAUACAAAGAUCAAGAUGAAGAAGAAAGAAGAUUAAGAAUGGAAAUAUUACAGGCACCUGGUAAUGGUAAAGAAUCAAAGAAAAAUAAGAAAAAUAAAGAAAGUAAUACCGACAAAAAUAAAAAACCCGUACCAAAAGGUCCAAAACAAAUUGCUCCUAAACAACCAUUAGAAGAGGUUGAUGAUGAUGAUACCACUGUUCAAGCAGAUAUUGACAUGAUAGAUGCCUUAACUGGCUAUCCUGUUACAGAAGAUGAGUUACUAUUUGCAGUUCCUGUUAUUGCUCCUUAUAACACUUUGUCCAACUAUAAGUUUAAAGUUAAAUUAACUCCAGGAACUGCAAAACGAGGAAAAGCUGCUAAAACGGCUGUUGCUAUUUUCCUCAAAGACCGUACUAUAACAUCUAGGGAAAAGGACCUACUGAAGGCUGUUAAAGAUGAGCAACUAGCCAGAAACUUACCUGGGAAAGUGAAACUCUCCGCACCUAAACUACAAACUAUUAGAAAAUGAAUAUGUAUUUAUGUUGUUAAUGAAAUUCAUUUAUAAUUUUUAGAAAUAUGUAUUUAUAUUGUUA